AUGGGUACUCACAAAGCCUUGAAACAAGUCCGUCGGAUAGUUGAAGAUUGCUUCCACAAUGUUCACCCAGUAUAUCAUGUGAAGGAGUUGAUGAUUAAGAAGGAGCUCGAGAAGAAUGAGGAUCUCAAGGAUGAGAACUGGGAUCGAUUCCUACCACACUUCAAGAAUCGGAAUGUACAGCGUAAGAAGCAAAAGAAGAUUGCCAAGAAGAAAUCCAAGGAGCUAUUCCCUCCUGAGCAAUUACCUCGCAAGGAGGAUAUCCAGAUCGAGACCGGUGAAUACUUCCUCUCGAAGGAUCAGAAACAUUCCAAUGAGAUGACUAAGAAACGCGAACAUCAGAAACAAGUAUCUGAGCAGCGCAAGAGGGAACGGGAGGAGAUGUACUCCCAGCCUCCUCCAGAGAAGAUUCGAAAGAGCAAGCAAUAG